AUGGGAGUAUUCACCUUCGUCGCUACUGUCUUCUUCCAGGUCUUUCCCUUUGUGGGAAACGACAACGGCCAGAUCCCCUUGGACCUGAACGUGCCCGUACCUGGUGUUCAAUUCCGGCCGUAUAUUCCGCCGGAGAUCGCAGAGCAGAUCUCGUACAAGCAGCCAGACAAGAACUUUGUCUGUCACUACCCUUCGCUGAUCGGAUGGGAGCUGUGCAAUGGGCCCGAUUCGCGCAACUGUUGGCUGCGGGACACCCAGACGAAGCAGCCCAUCUUCAGUCAGUUCGAUAUCGAGACGGAUUAUGAGGCCCUGUGGCCGCCGGGAAUUACCAGAGAGUACUGGCUGGAAGUCUCAGAGCAUACGAUCAGUCCCGACGGGUUUCCGAAAGCCGGUCAGGUUUUCAACGAGACCUACCCGGGUCCCUUAAUCGAGGCAUGCUGGGGAGAUGAGCUAGUAAUUCACGUCACCAACAAGCUCCCUGACAACGGAACGACAAUACACUGGCACGGUAUGUUUGUCAUCCAUCUUUCUCCAGCCAGAGCGUUCGCCAACUACACUCGAACGACGCCGAUGGGGUUAAUGCAAUUACCCAAUGUCCAAUUGCGCAAAACCAAACCUUUACCUACCGUUUCACGGCUACGCAGUAUGGCAUGUUGUAAUUCUCCAAGCCUAGAGUCGGAUGUCAUAGCUAAUCCUGCUUUCUCUUCUUCAGGCCACAGCUGGUACCACAGCCACUAUUCGCUCCAAUACCCCAACGGAGUCGCCGGACCCCUCCUUAUUCACGGCCCUAACAGCGCCAACUGGGAUCUCGCCUGGGACCCCAUCUUCAUGGAGGACUGGGUCCAUCAGAGCGCGUUCACGGAGUUUGUGCACGAGCUGUUCCCAAAACCUUUACCGGAGUCGGAUAGUGUGCUUCUCGGUGGGCAGGGUUCGUCUCGUUACCCAUUCAUUGACUUCGAUACAAAUCACUUACGAUGCCUUGUCACCAGCGCCGACAUGCAUUUUAUCUUCUCCAUCGACAAUCAUGCACUGAAGGUGGUCGAGACGGAUUUCGUCCCCAUCGAGCCGUAUGUAACGAACUCGCUUUCGAUAGCGAUAGGCCAACGCUACUCCGUCAUCAUCGAGACCAACCAGACAGUCGACAACUACUGGAUCCGCACUGUUCCCGUCCAGGCGUGCUCGUCGAAUAAGACCACCCUGACCGGCCUGACGGGCAUCCUGCGAUACGAGGGCGCGCCGACGGCGUUGCCGACGACAACGACCCAGCAGGGCAUUUCGUACGUGUGCGAGGACGAGCCGCUGGCGAGCCUGAAGCCCAUCGUCCGGUGGGAGGUCGGGUCGUCGCCGGCCAACAACGUCACCGACAGCACGUACGAGGUCGGGCAGCAGAUAGGGCGCGACGGAGUGCUGCGAUGGACGAUCGGGGAGAAGCCGAUGUUCCUCAACUUCUCCGACCCCACGCUCCUGUCGCUGGACAACAAGACGUUCGACCCAGAAUAUGAUGUGUACAAGUACGAUUACGACAAUAAAUGGGUUUACAUCGUUGUCACCGGCAACGGUGAAUUACUCCCACCCGUCCCCGGGCUUGACAACAGUACCCGCAAGUUUUUCAACGUAUCGCAUCCGAUCCACAUGCACGGGCACGACUUUGCCAUCUUGGGCCGGGGCGACGAGCCCUACAACGAAGACACGGAUCCGCUGACUUUCAACUACCACAAUCCACCCCGGCGGGACGUCGCCUUGCUGCCGAGCAACGGCUGGCUGGCGGUCGCGUUCCGCAGCGACAACCCUGGCGUCUGGCUGCUGCAUUGUCACAUCGCCUGGCACGCCAGCAGCGGGCUGGCGUUGCAGUUGCUCGAACGCCAAGGCGAGAUACUGGACGUGCUGGGCCGGCAGCGCGUCGGGGCGGUCGAGCAGACCUGUAUCGGAUGGGAUCAGUGGCUGAAGGAUGGUGAGAAGAUAGAUCAGGAAGAUAGCGGUAUCUAA